UGAUUGGUCUCGGAGGUUUUGAUGUAAUUCGUUUAACCAACCACUUAUAUUGUUGACGCAAAUUGAGUACAUAUAUCUAUACCAAGCACCCGUUCUUCGCUUGGUUCAUUUAGGCCUUUCCCUGCAGAUCAUGAACAUACCAUUCGCGUGCCUGUUUAGUGUCACGCUUGCUCUGAGUGGGGGCUACUCGUUUGCUUCUGAGCACAGGGUAUAUGUAACCGAUUGUGAUAAUGGAGAAUGUUCGAGGAACUUGGUAUGUGAUCCAGAGGUAGACCGAUGUUAUUGUCCGGAGGGCACGGCACUCGGUCGCAUUGACGAUGGAGAUUUUCCUUUUUGCCAAGUUGGCGCAUGUGAGGUCUUAAGUAGAGAAGACGUAUGCUUACCAAAUGGAGUUUGUAAUGCUAGAGCAGGAUUCGUUUUUCAAGCCUUUUGUGAUUGUAAUGAGGGAUAUUUUGGACCAAGGUGCAAUGAUUUCUGUGAUCAACAUUCGGACUGCAAUGGAGGAAAAUGCAUUGAGAGAGAUGAUGGAAUAAAAUUGUGUCAGUGUCCGCCGGGGAUAGAGGGAAACCAGUGCCAAGGUUUAUGUGAACAAGAUUCGGAUUGUAAUGGCGGAACAUGCGAGGAGAUAGCUGAUCAAAAAGUGUGCAAAUGUCUGUCGGGAGUCAAUUCUUACCUGUGUCAAGGUACAUCCACUACAACAGUGAAAUACAAUCCUCGAUUGCGACUCCUAGCGGCCGUGGGAGGAGGUGUGGGGGCGCUGCUGUUGAUUGCUGCACUCGGCGCGUCCUCGCUGUCACCCUCAGCCUUUUAAUAGGUUCUCAACAAGUUUUGGUGUUUUGAUUAAAUAAAAUCAUAAAUUGAA